CUAAUCUGACGAGGUGAUGAAGUGCAGGUGGAGAGAUGGCCGGAGAAGCUCAGCCCUAAGACCCUCCCAAAGCAAAAAAAAAGCGUUGGCACCAUCAACCCAGAAAGAAAAGUGUGUGCAGCUUGCCAGUUUCUGUGGACAGUGUGAGCGCGGUCUCGAAUAUAAAAGGACACCUUCACAGGUUCAACACAGGCGAGGAUUCUCAUUUCUCUUGCUACUGCCAGCCUCAGGUAUGAGGGCCUGCUUAGUAUUCCUCUGCUUACUGGCAGCAACAUUUGCCCUGUCUGUAAAGAGUAAACCUCAUGGAAAACAUCAUGGAUUGCAUAAGACUUCACACACAGCGAAAGAAAAGGACAUCAUCACAGACGAGGCCAACGAGCCACAGAUCUUACCCACUUUAGUCGCGUUUGAGGCUAGCAGCCAGGAGCAGGAAGAUGAGGAACUGAGCUCCCAAGGCAAUGCUAACGCUAACGCUAACACUAACACUAACAAGGAGGAGGGAGAGUUUGAGGUGACUGAAAGGAACGACAAAACUACUGCAGUACUGCUGAGUGAGGAGGAGUUGGUAGACCUCCUGAAGAAAGAAGCAGAAGAAGAGCAGGAAGCAGAAGAAAGAGUGCUCGAGGAAGAAGAAGAAGAAGAAGAAGAAGAAGAAGAAGAAGAAGAAGAAGAAGAAGAAGAAAGAGUGCUCGAGGAAGAAGAAGCGGAGAUGGACAAAGACAAGGUUGAGUCUGAUGAGACUGUGGAGACCAUUGAGGAAGAAGAGGAGAAGAAGUUAGAUGACAAAUUAGAAUUGGAAGGAGACGCUAAAGAGGUGACAGAUGAGGAAGAAGUAGUAGAGGAAGAGAGUGAGGGAGAUCCUGAAAUGCUUGAGAAAGAGAAAGAGGUGGAAAAUAUGUCACUCAAGGAAAAGUCGGUUGAAAAAACAGCAAACAGGGAGGAACAAGGGGCGUUGCUGGAGGAAACGGAUGGUAGCACAGAGUCAGAGAUCCCAGUUGAUCUUGACUAUGCUGCAGACAGUGGCAUCUUACUACCUCUGCAGAUUGUAUCUGCUCAAAUAAAACCCCACACCGAUGACACCCAGCCUCCUUCAAAAACAGAUGUUAAAGAGAAGGAAACCAGUGACAAAGGACUGCCCGCCAUUUCAGAUGACUAUGAACAAGAAGUAAAAGACGUACAAAACAUAGAGGCAGUGGAGAGCGAGGAAGCGUCUAAUCAGGACAAGGACAAAGACUCACAGGCCAAAUCUAAAGAUGUCGAUAAGAAAGAACCUGAAGCCAAUGUGAACCCUGAAGAACCAAAGAGCAAUACAGAAUUUGAAUCAGGCUCCCGACUGGCUGGAAAGGAGGAAGGGAACAAUAAGAAUGACAGCGGAAGUCACACCAAGGAAAAGACGAGGAAGCAAAAGAAGAACAAGCGGGCGAGAAAGCACUCUCCACAGAAUGAUGAAACACAGGAACAGAGCCAACAGAAUGGACAGGAACAGAGCCAACAGAAUCCUCAGCCAUCUGAGGGCAUCAGCAUUGACAAUACAGUCCAAAAGGCAAAGAGGAGAAGGGCAGGAAAAUGGGGUCCUUUAGUAGGAAUGAAUCCAGUGCAGAUAAGAGCCACAGUGGAUCUCUACCCAGGUUCAAGACCCUCUCCUGGUGGAGGCGUACAUCGCCCAGAAGCCCCUGCUGAUCCAUGUGACAACUUCCCCUGCAAACGUGGAAAGACGUGUAAACUUGAUGCGGACAAAAAGCCUGGCUGUGUGUGUCAAGAGCCGUCAGAAUGUCCUCCCAGUGUGAAUGAGUAUGAUCAUGUUUGUGGGACAAACAACAAAACAUAUGAUACCUCAUGUGAACUCUUUGCUACUAAAUGCAACCUGGAGGGCACUAAGAGAGGACACAGACUUCAUCUGGACUACACUGGGCCAUGCAAACUAAUACCUCAAUGUGUGGACACUGAGCUGUUGCAGUUCCCUCUACGAAUGAGGGAUUGGCUGAAAAAUGUGCUCCUGCAGCUCUAUGAACAUGACUCCAUUUCCCACAGCUUCCUCACGCCUAAACAGCGUUUUAGAGUGAAGAAGAUCUUUGAGAGUGAGAGGCGUCUUCAUGCGGGUGAUCACUCAGUUGAGCUGCUCGCGCAGGACUUUGAGAAGAACUACAACAUGUACAUUUACCCAGUGCACUGGCAGUUUGCACAACUGGACCAACACCCUUCUGACAGAGUCUUGUCCCACUCAGAGCUGGCCCCACUUCGAGUCCCUCUGGUGCCGAUGGAGCACUGCACCUCCCGCUUCUUUCAAGAGUGCGACGCUGACAAAGACAAGCAGGUGUCCUUCAAAGAGUGGACUUCCUGUUUCGGUAUCAAGAAUGAUGAUAUGGAUGUCAACCUGCUAUUCUGAGCUUCAUUUUGUACUUACUACACAAGCCUGUUGAAGCUGCUCCAAAUGCAGCUCGAGACUGAAGCCUCCAUGAACCUCUGUAACAUUAGCAACUCUGACACAUACAAAUUAACUACUAUAGCAGGCAAAGUGUUGGUGGUCAUCGCUGUUAUUUUGUGUCAGGCAAAGCUUGGACAUUCAGAUCUUUGUUCUGUAAUUUAGACUAAGCAGCUAGAAUCAUUUUAUUAGACUAUAAGAAAGUGUUAUGUUUAGCUGGUUUAAUCCAGAAACUGUUUUCUAAUGCAUUCCAAACUGGGGAAAAGUUUACAUCAGCUCAUUAGUAACAAAGUUGUUGUAUAUAGUACCAGGAGAAAAAUUAAUUUGUAUGUUAGAGUGAUUUAGUGCAGAAUUACUCUUUGUGUUACACUUGUGUUACAAAAUGUAAAACAUUAACUGUGUUAUCUUAGUAGCAAAUGCUGUAAAUGUUUGUCUUUGCCUACGUUUCUUAGGAGCUCUAAUUAAAGCUAUAUUGACAGCAUUGGACUUCACAAUAUCAUGACGUAACAUAUUUUCGUGCACCCUGUCGUUAAUGAUGACUUUCUUUACAGUCUUGAAAUAAAGUUAUUGCAUUAUAUUGGUGAAUCCCAGUUGGGAAACAUCAGUUUAUGC